AUGGCAUGGCCGCACGCACGCAGCGCCAAGCCCGGCCACCCGCGAUGGGCCUGCUGCGCGCUGUCGCCGCACAGCCCAAGCGGGAGCCCGGCAAGCAUCAGCAGCGUGGACGGCGGAGACCCCGCCGCCGCAGCGCCAACGGCAGCGGCGCAACCGCCGGACGCCCUGGCAGCGCCGCCAUCCGCCAGCAGCGGCGGCGGCGGGCCGGCGCCGUCGAUGCUUUCCUCCGCGAUCCAGGCGGCCAUCAAUGGCAGCACCAGCGGCGGCGGGGGCGGCGGCGAUUGGGACGAUUCCGGGGCGUCCGCACCCCGCGCGCUGGCGACUUCUGGCGGCGGGGAGCCCGCGGCCAACCUGAAGAAUGGCAGCGGCAGGGGCUCUGCGGCGGUGAGGACAAUCCUGGCGCCGUUCCCUGCCGGCGACGCACCGCCGCCGCCGCCAGUGCAGCAGCAGCAGCAGCUGGAGCAGCUACAGCAGCAGCAGCAGCAGCCCGAGGACGACAGCGGGCGCGCUGGGGGCAGCAGCCGGGCGGCGGAGGAGCGCGCGCGGCGCGCCGCUGGUGGCGUAGACACACGGGACGACAGCGGCAGCGCGUUCAGCCUGAGCAGCAGCAGCAGCACCAGCAGCAGCACCAGCAGCAGCAUGGCCGUGUCCGACCCCCUCGACGGCGGCGGCGAGGCACCCCCCGAUGACGCCGGCGUGGGAGGCGGCAGCAUGAAGCGCCGCCUGCUGCAGCGGCGCAACGGCGCCGCGCCCGGCAACGGCCGCGGCCUCGGCGCCCUGACCGGCCUCGGCGGCGGCUCGCCAGCCCCCGGCGCCUCGCCGUCCGGCGCCUCGGCCCAAGGCGACCCGAAGGCCGAGGGCGGGGGCGGGGAGGGGGAGGGGGGCAUACCCCUGCUGGGGUCCCUGGGGCGCCUGCUGUCAGAUAGAGAGGACCUGGUGACGCUUUUUUACGCCAUGGCCACGGGCGUGGUCGUGGCCGGCAGCGUCUUCUUUUUCGACGUGUCCAUCCAGUACAUCCACGACCUGCCCGACAUCCUGGCGAACCUCCACGUCGGCGGCGGCCGCGCCACAGGGCUGGUCCUCGGCGACCUGGCCAUCCCCUUCCGCUGCAUCAUGCCCAUCGGCGCCGGCUUCGCGGUCGCGGCGCUGCAGAGCCGCGGCUUCGCGCCGGGGCUCAAGUUUUUGACGCGCGCCAUCGAGGGCGUAGUGGAUGACAGCAAAAACGCGACCCUGCCGCAGGAUUACGGCCAGGUGUGCGCCCGCGGCCGCUGGUUCGUCCUUUCCGCGUCGCCUCGGGCCGCAGUAUCGUCGCGGCGACGGCGGGGGCCGGGGGCGGCGCCGGCUGUUGAUGUCUUGCAGAACGCCGGGGGCGCCGGCUGCGUGUUCCGCAAGGCCGCCGCCUCCGCCAUCACGCUCGGCAGCGGCGCGUCCCUUGGCCCCGAGGCGCCCAGCGUGGAGCUGGGGGCCAACACGGCGGCCGUCCUGGCUCCGAAGCACCUCAGCAAGCGGCGGCAACGGAUGCUGGUCGCCGCUGGCGCCGCAGCGGGCGUCUCCGCCGCGUUCGACGCCCCCACCAGCGGCGCCCUCUUCGCCGUCGAGUUCGUCCUCAAGUCCUCGCGCCUCGGCCUCGACCGCCUGUCCACGUCCGUCGUGUUUGCGUCCACGUCAGUGGCGGCCGGCGUGGUCGGCUUCCUGCGCAGCGAGGGCCGCGCGCUGGGGAUCGCAGGCGUGUCGCAGCACCUGGUGGGCCGGAUCCCCUAUUUCAGCAUCCAGCCGAACCUCCUGAUCGACGUGCUGCAGUUCUCCGCCCUGGGUGUCGGCUGCGCCGGCGCCGCCGUGCUGCUCUACGAGGGCGUGCGCGUCAGCGAGACGGCGCUGCGCCCGCUGCCGCGCUGGGUCUCGGCGCCGCUGGGCGGCGCCGUCUGCGGGUUCAUCGCCUUCAGGUUCCCCUCGGUCCAAUUCGGCUACACGAGCCUUGAGGAGAUCUUCCGGGACGAGAGCCGCGCCAGCGUGACGGACCUCACCUCCCUGCUGUUCGCCAAGAUCGCCGCCACCAGCAUCUGCGCCGGCGCGGGGCUGGUGGGCGGCCUGUUCCAGCCGUCCCUGUUUCUCGGGGCCCUGGUCGGCGACAUCGCGUCGCACGUCGUGGCCGGCCCCUGGGGCGUGGUCGACCCGACCACCUUCACCGUCGUCGGCGCGGCGGCGGUGCUGGGCGCGGCCUGCAGGGCGCCGCUUACGGCGAUCGCACUGAUGGUGGAGAUCACGCAGGACGUCGGGCUGCUCGUACCGCUCCUAGCCGCCAUCGGCGUGGCAUCCGUCGUGUCGGAGUACGGGGAGGGCGUACUGGGCCGCCAGCUGGACCGCCUGCUGGCGCAAGGCUUCUUCGCCGAGGCGUACAACUUCUGGGGCGCGGCCGCGGGCGGCGGCGCGGCCGCGGCCGCGGCGCCCGCGGCGCCGGAGGUGCGCACCGUGGAGGAGGUUAUCAGCACGCCCGCGCGGCUGUACGUGCGCCACACUCUGCCGCUGGAGCAGGCCAAGGUCGCGCUGGCCACACGCAACUCGCCGGCCGCGGUCGUUGUCGAUGACAACUUCAGCCCCAUGGGCCUGGUGUACCUGGAAGACAUAGAGGCAGAGUUGGUCAAGGACGAGCUGCUCAACCAGGCCGACAACAACUUCAACAGGGCCCCCUGA